AUGAGAAGGGUCAAAGAAGCUCGAUAUAGAAGACUCUGCAGCAGUAAACCCAUAUUGACAGUGAAUGGACAAUUUCCAGGGCCAACUAUUACAGCCUACCAUGGUGAAACGUUAUAUGUGAAUGUUCACAACAAGGGAAAAUUCAACAUUACCUUGCACUGGCAUGGAGUGAAGCAACCAAGGAAUCCAUGGUCAGAUGGCCCUGAAUACAUCACUCAGUGUCCCAUCAAACCAGGAGGAAAAUUCAGGCAGAAGUUGAUUUUUUCUAUUGAGGAAGGGACCCUAUGGUGGCAUGCCCAUAGUGACUGGGCAAGGGCCACAGUACAUGGACCUAUCUUUAUAUAUCCAAAAAAGGGUGAAUCCUACCCUUUUCCCACACCUGAUGCAGAAGUGCCCAUAGUAUUAGGAGAAUGGUGGAAGAGUCCAGUCAAUGAAGUCUACGAAGAAUUUAUCAGAUCUGGAGGAACCCCUAAUGAGUCUGAUGCAAUCACUAUAAAUGGUCAACCUGGUGACCUUUAUCCUUGCUCAAAAUCAGUUGUUGGUGCUGAUAGUAGCUACACUAAGCCACUGAUAAGAGAUUACAUAAGCAUUUUUCCAGGACAAACAGUGGAUGCACUAUUGCAUGCCAACCAAAAGCCUGGUGACUACUACAUGGCUGCAAGGGCCUAUUCAGGUGCAGUUGGACUUGCCUUCAAUAACUCCACAACCACAGCUAGAAUGCACUACAUGGAGAAUCAUGCUCCAACAAAAUCUCCUCCAUUACCUCAUUUCCCUGCCUACAAUGACACACAAGCAGUUUAG